AUGGCUCACAUGGAUGACUUGAUAUUUGUCACAGCUUCGAAUCCCGAUCGCUUUCGCGAUAAAGACAUCCAGCGCACCGUUCGAAAGCGCGUAAUGCGCGAUAUCGGCAAGACGCGACGAAAAAGCAAACACACCCCUGCAGUGACUUUUGUCUGGCAACAAUACACACUGCCGGAAUCACCAAGUUCAUGUCUCGGCUCAAAUCCUUUCCCCGUAGAGAUAGACCAUCGGGGGCUGGAAUUGAUUCAUUUCAUGAAUGCGGAGGCAGAAUACAAUUACCGACCUUUUCGGAAGAUUUGGUUCUCAAUGGCGCUGAGUGAUGAGAGUGCUUUUAUUCUCUGCAAGGCCAAUGCUGCCAUGUUUCUAGAAGAGGCUCAACACCCUGAUAAAUUUCGCUAUGAAACUUGCCAAGAGACUUUGACUUAUUACGGCCAGUGUGUGAGACAAGUUACUGAAAGAUUGUCGAAUCCACAGGAGCGUACUAGUGAGGGCAUCAUUACCUGUAUCUUGGGAUUGAUCUGUCAUGAUCUAUACGUUGGUACCUUGGAUCGUUGGGCAUACCAUAUCGAGGGACUGGCUCAGGUUAUCAAAAUCCGAGGAGGCUUUCAUGGUCUCGACGAAAGAGUCCAACUUUUUGCUUCGUGGUUUGAUGUCUUAGGGUCAGUGGUUAAGGAUUCCCUGCCGAAUUUACCUACUUCUUCGGCCUACUUAGAUCGCCUGGUCGAAGAUGCCAGAACCCCAAAACCAUUUGAAUAUCUCUUUGAUGAGCUCGAAGGGUCGUCUGGCGAAUUUGAAUCUCCCGUCGCGAUACUCCGGAGAGUCCGAGUACUGGCGGAGUACAUCAACGGUCGAUGCAGCCAACCGGGAUUCUGGAACGCCGAAGACGAUAUGAGCCCCCUUCAAGUUCUUGCACCAAUCACGCAUGAUCUACUCUCACUGCCUCGGGUGGAUGAGCUGGCAUCAGACGAGUUUGAAAUCGUCCGUGAGACCAUGCGACUUGCUCUGCUUAUCCUUCUCUGCAGAUUGAAAGCAACUUAUGGAUUUAGUGCAGUUGAAAUGACUACUCUGCAGAAUAAAUUCAUUCGCUUUGUUGGUAAUACCAAGGUUAUCCAUGAAAGUCUUUUAUUUCAACGCCUGCAGUUAUGGGCUCUCGUCACAGUCACUAUGCUCAACCCUAGCGGGCCGGGGCGAGACCUCCUUAUUGGGAAGAUAUUUUUGUGCGUGAGAUCACUGGGCUUACCAGAUGGUCAAAGUACAAUCGAAGCUGCUCGGGAUAUUAUAUGGAUUGAAAUUAUUUCAAAGGAUACAGUUGGACAACUCGUACAUGAUAUCGACUCGGGUGCGCAUGAUUGA